AUGGAACCAAUUAGCGCAGAAAGAGCGGAAUGCUUCAUUCCAGCUCUCUUUUUCCAAAGCCGCUCAAAGGACGCAAGGUUUCACACUUUGAACAAAAUCAGUCCAAGCUCCGCGUCAGCUUCUCGUUUCCUAACGUCACCUAGCAUCCGCACCACCGACACGCCGAAGAGGGUCAAGCAGACUUGUUCAGCGUUUGAGGGGUUGGGCCAAACAAGCCCAAAGGACUCUGACAGCUCGGGGCACCAACCCCCGACCAAAUGGGGCCCCACUCCACUGACUGUUCUGUGGUCGGCUGUGUCUGUGACCGGGCUCUUGUUCGCCUGCUUCAUCGGUUUCUCCUUCAGCUUGGAGGCCGCCACGUGGUUUCCCCACAUUAUCCUGACCUGCUUGACCUGGCUGACUGCCGCGCGGGUGAUCGUCUGGUACGAACUAGAGCGGGCCGCAGAGGCGGGGCAGUUCCAGCCGCGUGACAAACGCCUGCCUCCAGAAUGGCACAACCUCUUCGACCCCAAGCGCAAGAAGACGUUCUACUACAAAUCCAUCACAGGGAAGUCGCAGCUCAAGCCCCCCCUCCUUCUGCCCAGCCCAAUUGACCCCCCCAGCAGCACCCCUCCCUCAAACUUGUUCCCCGCGUAUCUUUUCAGGGGGGCUGCGCAGCUGGUGUUCAAGCCCCUCCUCACGGGCAUCCUGUACGCCAUCACGGUCCGCACCCAGUUCGUAACGCAGCUCAAGGCGCUCCACUACUGCGUUACAGACCCGUUCGCGCUCGACACCCUGGUACUCCUCUUCAACGCGGUGUGCUUUCUCGCUCUCCCGCAGCCCCUUCCGUUCCUCUCCCUCUCUCUCUCCCAAGCAAACGCUGCCACGUGGCUCCACGGCCCCCUCGCCGCUCGCUUCGAGGUCGCCCUCUGCGCCGCCCUCGCAGCCAGUCUCCUGUGGGACGUCUUCCGCUUUCUGGAGACCAUGGCGCGCGCGGCGCGCGCGCGCCUUCCCCCUUGUGACGUCAGCUGGGACGCGCGCUUCGCGGCCGACUUCCUAUGCGCGCUCUGCCCGGUGCUCAACUGGCGCCUGCACCCGUACGCAUUCACACUGGACUUCUCGCGCGUGGUGCUCCUUCCGCUGCCGUUCGGCGUUCCGCUUCCGCUGCCAAUCCCCAAGUGGGAACUGUUUACACAAUCCUGGCGGGCCCUUCUCCAGGCGGCGCCGUUCGUCCUCCCGCUGACACGUGUCGCCGGCCAGGCCAUCCGCGGCGCUAAACUCUCAAACCUCGGCGCAUCCUUUGUUCGGACGCUGUUCGGACGGCCCGUCCAAAUGAGCCUGGCGGUGUCCGUGCUGACGUUGCUGCUGCGCAGGCAGACGAUCGCGUAUGAGGAGGCGCUCGAGCAUAAGGCGGCGGAAGAGCACAACGAGGAGCUGAAUAAGCAGAUGCUGGCGGACUUCGACGAGCGGCUGUCGCCCGGGGACUGGACGUCGGGAGUUUAG